CAUGUUAAAAUAAACCUGAACCUCAUUGGAAGUAGCAUCCACAGUCACUCAACUCUCAAAUGCAAAUGGAUUCUCCCAAAUCUGUCUCUCUCAUUCUCUCCUACAUAACCAUAAUAAUCUCUCUUCUUCUUCUUCCCCACUCUACAGAAUCCUUAUGCACCUCCAAACCUAUCAUUUUCAACUUCGGUGAUUCCAACUCCGACACCGGCGGCCUCGUCGCCGGUCUUGGUUACUCCGUCACAUCUCCAUAUGGCCGCACUUUCUUUGGCCGAUCCACUGGUCGCCUCUCCGAUGGUCGCCUUAUUAUCGAUUUUCUCUGUCAAAGCGUGAAAUCAAGCUUUUUGCCGCCAUACAUGGAGUCACUGGGUUCCAAAUUUUCAAAUGGGGCCAACUUUGCUGUGGUGGGGUCCUCAACGCUCCCUAAGUUUGUACCCUUUGCUUUGAACGUUCAGGUUAUGCAGUUCCUUCAUUUCAAGUCUAGAUCUAAUGACCUUCUUGCUUCUGGGUCAAAAGCAAUGAUUAAUGAUGACGGGUUUCAACGUGCACUAUAUAUUAUUGACAUUGGCCAAAAUGACCUUGCUGAUGCAUUUGCUAACAAGUAUUCAUAUGCCAGAGUUAUCAAAAGAAUACCCUUAGUUCUUGCAGAAAUCAAGAACGCCAUCAAGACUAUACACGAUAAUGGUGGCAGAAAGUUUUGGGUUCACAAUACUGGCCCGUUCGGUUGCCUGCCUCAGAAACUGUGGUUAGUUCAACCAAGUUCUAGAGAUUUGGAUUCCCAUGGCUGUAUUUCGACCUACAACUCUGCUGCAAAAGUGUUUAACGAGGGACUGCGCCAUUUAUGCACAGAAUUAAGGUCGGAAUUGAAGGAUUCAACAAUCGUUUAUGUUGAUAUUUACACGAUCAAGUACGACCUCAUUGCAAAUGCUAGCAAAUACGGUUUCACAAGUCCAUUAAUGGCAUGUUGUGGCUUUGGUGGGCCUCCGUUCAACUAUAACAUAAACAUCACAUGCGGUCAUGGUGGCGCUCAAGCGUGUAAUCAAGGAUCUCGAUUCAUAAACUGGGACGGGACACAUUUCACUGAAGCGGCUAAUUCCAUUAUGGCUUCCAAAAUUCUGUCUCAACAAUAUUCCACACCUCGUGUGCCGUUUGAUUUCUUUUGUCACUGACGGUAAUUUGGUCCUAAUUUGUAAACUUUUUUGAGUUUUACCAUCUUAAUACUGAUUCAGAUCAGAUUGGUGCAAUUAACAACUCACUUUGUUAGGUGAAGGUUUUCAUCUGCUAGAAGUUAUGGCUAUGAAAUAUAUCGUUUGCGUCUUAUAUCGAAA